AUGGAAAACGAAGCUUACGGUUUGACAGACUUCUUCGUGGCCAGACACACUACAGACCCUACCUUACGCUUGGAACUGCUUUCUCGUAAUCAAAAUGGCUUCCGCCAUGGCCAAGACUCAGGGAUGGGGACAGAGAUUGCCAUGUCAAACAACACUGCUACCGACACGUUUUUAGAUGGUUCCCCUUCAGCCGCAGUGUUCCCAAGGAAUUCGCAAGCUUCAACUUUGCUUGUAUUGUCUGCACUGAACAUAAGACCUUGGAAUGUUGAGUCUUUAGAGUCCACGAACAACAGUCCUCUUGCACUGGAGCAAGGAGUAGCCAGAGCAACGGUCCAAAUAAACAGGGGAAGACGGGAAAGAGAACAGCGUGAACUUGGGCGGGAACAACUUCAAACGAACCAGGACAGAGAAUCGCAAGAGGCUGAAGAAUAA